AUGUGCGUACGUACAAAGACAUCGUACGGGUGCGGAUGCGAAUACAAGACAGACGCCGAGUGCCAUUCUUCGCGCUGCCAGGGUCUUGAGAGAUACCACUAUCCCAAGAGCGGCGACUGCAAAUCCUGUAAAGAGGCCGGUGGAGCGCUGACGCGAGGGCGAGACGGGAAGGGUCGCUAUGGGCAAGAAAUCGGCAGGCGCGUUCUAUCUCGACAGGAAGACGUCGAACCUCCAUUUGACUCGGUUCCGGAGGUGGCUGAAGCCGGCAACGGUAUCAGCCCAUGGGCACCCCCACUAGCUCGAGAAAAGGAGUGGAUCAGCCAUUCCAGGAAGAAGGCAGACGACAGCUGGCUGGAGGAGCAUGCGGAACGGAACCUGGACUUGCAAAGCAUCCGCGAGUCGCUGCCGUCUUAUCCUCCCUCGGAACGCGAUCAUGCUCCUGUCGGUCAUUCUCCGCACCGCCGAGCCACGCGAAUAUACGUCCAAGAGGAUGAACUGCGUGACGACCGCGAGCACAGCCGCUAUCACCGUCGGUACCGGCGAGAGGAGACGGGAAGAAGCCUUCCUGUCGAGAUGCGCAGCUGGAGUGCCGAGGACGAUCGCCCAAGUCAUGAUAGGCUCUACCGUCGACGAAGACAGGACAGCCAGGAGAGCUUCGACAGCAUGCCCAGUUCCCGCUCUUCCGCCCGAAAGUACAAACCGGCUCCCUCCAGCUACGUGGCCCAUGACCAUGUCGAGAUCCAUGAUUCCGGAUAUGGCUCUUACGGGUCUCGGGCUUCAGACAGCUACGGCAGAGCCAAGACCGAGCCCUUUCACUACGCGUCGUCAGCAGCACCGCGUUACGUGGCUAUCGAACCACCAUCACCGCAGCAAUACGGCGGCUAUCACACCGGCUACGGCGUUGCUCCCAUCAACGUCGUCACUCGAACACCCUCUUAUGGAUACAGCUCGAGGAGGUACUGA